AUGCAAUAUCAAGAUUGUACGUUACGCACUGUAGAUAGUUCCAUCAGUAUUCAUGGUGAAAAUAUCACAUCGGGAUCAACAGUAUUAUUAUCCUGUAAUGACUUUGGUCAUAGCUUAGGUGGAAAGAAUACCAUCACAUGUGCAAAUGGAACUUGGACACCAGAUACAUCAUCUUUAGAGUGCAAAUGGAGUUGGGAGGAUUUAACGACACAUGAAAAACUUGUGUUGGGCACAUCAAUAUCAGCUGGAAUAUUCAUACUUCUGAUCAUAGCAGUGAUUUUAAUAGCAUACUGUUGUUGCUAUAGAAGACGAGUGUACGAUGACGAUGCGUCAUUUGAAGAUGGUUACGAUGACAGCAGUAAUGGUCAUGUCAAAAAUAGGAAUUAUGAUCACUAUGGUCCUUCUAUGUCCGAAAGUGGAAGGCAGGGAAUUUAUCCAGAUACCUAUUUAGCUUAUCAGGAAUAUCCAGAAAUCAAUAAAAGUUAUGGGGUAGACAACCCUGGUGCAGAUUUAAAUGGUGUUGAAAAGUGGCCGUGCCAUAUACCAAGACCAAAAAUUGUAGACAGAACCUACUACAAUACGUAAACUGUAACAGUUUUACAGUGUUCGGUUUUUGUGACUGUUCGUUACUUAGAUCAUAUGCUCCAAUCUUCACCAAUCCUGUGCAUAAUCAUAAUAAUAACUAUAGUGCAAAAUACAUGUCCGUUUUGAAUUGCUCAAUAAUCGGAGACAAUCAAGAAAGAAUAUAUACUACACAAACUUCGAAAUACAUCAUGGUCCCAAAUGAUGCACUAACUUCUUAAAUGCAUGUUUUUAUUAAGGGUUAUUGAUGAGCGAGUAUACAGGCUUCAAUUGAUGGAUCGCAUUAAAUGGAAAGAAAUGUGCAAUAACAGUAUUGUUAAGUUGUAUAUUUAGUUUUAGUUGUGAAUAUCGUCAAAGAAUAUUUUUUAUGUCUUUCCUUUGACAGAUUAUUCCAUUAUAACACAACCCAAGUAAUCACUGGCUAAGUGGUCACAGCUCUGUAUUCAUUAGUAGAAUUUAGAGCACAAAAUAGGUCGUAGAACUCCUUUCUAUUUGAAUUAUCAUGUUUUUGAUUUGAAUUAUCAUGUCUUAAUAAGUUAAAUAUCUAAUCAUUCGACAUGGUCGAUGUGGUCAGUGGAAGAAUCGGCAUAACAUUAAGCGAACAUUAGAAUGCUCAUGUUUUUAUUUUAAAAAUCUCUGCAUCAAUCCAAGAAAACCGUAAAUACUUAAAAAGUUCAAUUGCCUUCAUCAACAUAUAUGUAUAUACACAAGCAUUACAUUUUUGUAUAAUAAAGUUAUUUUUAAAGCUCCU